GUGGAAUAAUUGCAAGGUUGGGUAGUUGCAAAGCAGAUAAUAAAUGCCCCCUCUGUAGGCUGCGGCAUCUGUAUUGGGCUAUCGUUCCGUGUUCAGUAGAGGAAGUAUCUUGAAUUGAUCAAAAUGGAAGAAGUAGCAGUAGAGAAUAAGAAGGUGAUAUUCAAGGGCUAUAUAGAUAGGGCACCAAGAGAGACGGACAUGGAAAUGAGAACUGGGACUUUAGAGCUCAAAACGCCAAAAGGGUCAGGAGCUUUUCUGGUGAAGAAUCUCUACCUGUCUUGUGACCCCUACAUGAGAGGUCGCAUGCGUGACUACCAUGGCUCUUACAUCCCUCCCUUUGUCCCUGGCCAGCCCAUACAAGGAUUUGGCGUAUCAAAGGUUGUGGCUUCCGAUAAUCCAGAUUUCAAGCCUGGGGAUUUAGUUUCGGGAAUUACUGGUUGGGAAGAGUACAGCUUGAUUCAGAAGCCUGAGCAAUUUAGAACAGUUCAGCAUGAUGAUAUUCCUCUCUCAUUCAACCUGGGUCUUCUUGGUAUGCCUGGUCUUACCGCUUAUGCAGGAUUUUAUGAGGUCUGCUGCCCUAAGGAAGGAGAUAAUGUAUUUGUGUCUGCAGCUUCAGGAGCUGUUGGCCAGCUUGUUGGUCAACUUGCCAAAUUACACGGUUGCUAUGUAGUUGGAUGUGCAGGGACAAGCCAAAAGGUUGAUCUUUUAAAGAAUAAGCUUGGAUUUCAUGAGGCUUUCAACUAUAAAGAAGAGCCCAACAUCGAUGCCGCUUUGAAAAGGUAUUUUCCAGAAGGCAUUGACAUCUACUUUGAUAAUGUGGGUGGGGACAUGCUUGAUGCUGCAUUGCGUAACAUGAGGAUUAGUGGCAGAAUCGCAGUUUGUGGAAUGGUGUCUUUGCAUAGUCUUUCUGAUCCCUGUGGGAUUCGCAACUUGUUCAAUCUUGUUAGUAAACGUAUUAGGAUGCAAGGGUUCUUGCAAAGUGAUUACUUGCAUCUGUAUCCAAAAUUCCUGAAACACGUUAUCAAUAACUACAGGCAAGGGAAGAUUGUUUACAUCGAAGACAUGAAUGAGGGACUGGAAAGUGCUCCAGCUGCUUUGGCUGGACUAUUUUCUGGUAAAAAUGUGGGAAAGCAAGUCAUUCGUGUAGCCUAUGAAUGAUCUUUCAGAUGAAAACAUUGUAGCUAUUGUGAAGUUUAAAUAAGCUCCAAGUGAAAUAAACUGCCAUUAACUGCAUAAAAAAAAAUGGUAUUUUUGCCCUCCGAGAUGGCAUGCCUCAACUAGCUGUCCUUUUAAUUUUUUGAUGAUCAUUACUUUGUUUAGUCCUGUAUGCAAUUAAGGAAAGCAUGUAAACCGACACAGGCAUUGAAGCAUUGAAAUUGUUCCUUUCUGAAUAUUAUCUGUCGGAGCCUUGUUGGUGCUUCCCUGGAUUGUGUUUUGAAGUUGAUAAUAGAGUAUGCGUGUGCAUGUUUCAUUCGCAAGAUGUAUUUAUGUAAGUACUGCAAAUGAAUGUUAUUGAGUUAUAUCAAUUAAUUGAAAUAAAAGAAUUUUAUCAAUUUCAUGCGCAA